CCGAAUUUUAUUCAGAGUAGAUACAAAAAUCAGAGUGUCAACAAUGAAAACAACGGAAGGUAUCUUCGUGAAAGUAAUCAUCGUUGGUUAUUUGUUGGCAACAUGUCAAACAUUUCCUAGUAGUGAUGUGAUCAAGAAUAAUGAAGAUAAAGUGUUGAAAAAUUUUACUGAACAAAUAACUAAAAGUAAUAAUAUCGAUAAUAUUGAUUUGAAAAGACAAGAUCGAAGUAUUAAUGCGACAUCAAAUUUAGUUAAGAAUGAUACAAUAAUCGACGAUGACUUAACGUUACAAGUCAUACAAGUAACAAAUUUUCCAACGGAAAUAUCUGCCCAAAAAAAUAGCAAUGUCUUGGGUCUUGAUUUGAACAAACAACCAUGCGGUAUCCCAGAUAUUCGUCCUUACUUCGAAAAUACAGUUAACAAUAUCAGACGAUGGCUUGAUAGUAUCGUCGAUGAAUGCAAUAAAGUAGAGGAAAUAACAACUGAAAACAUAGAAAUUAUCCGCAACAGUUGUGCUCAAUUAAAAGACAAUUACUUUAAAUUAUUUCAAUUAAUAAUUAAUCCUUUGAAUCAUCUAAAUGGAAAUUUAACAGUUGUAAAUAAUAGCUGUCCAAUAAUUGCUGGCUUAGAAAAUAUAAAAAAUAAUGUGAUGAAUUUUACUUUAUGGCCGGAAAACAUAAUAUCAAGAAAUAAUCCAUUCAGUAAUGCGAUUCAGAUAUUUAGAAAUUUAUUUUUGGCAAAUUAUGGAACAUUACCAAAUACAUCCGCUUCUGUCAAUAAUUCAGAUGUACCAACAAACAUUUCCUAUCCGGAAAAAUCCACAAUGGAUCAGCGUAAUAUAAUAAAUAAUCUGCGUAAUUUGCCUCAAAGAAUUAGACAAUCCAUUGAUAAACUAAUAAGCAAUGUUACAAACACAAUUAACCUUCAUAAGUGUAAAGAACUUGAAGCGAUAACAAACAGCUCAAUAAAAAAUCAAUUUAAUACUUUCAUUCAGGACAAAAUUUCAUGUCAAAAUCGUUUUCAUGAGUUGUUCAAAAAUGUAUUACCUCAGAAUCCGUUAGUCCAAUCAUUGAAUAAUGAUCUACAAAAUUUUUCUCGACAAAUUAGAGAAUCGAUUGACAAAUUUAUUAGUGAUGUUAGGAGUAUAUUCAUACCACAAAAUUCUAAAGACGUGACAACGACAACAAAUAGGUCAACUAAUGGUCAACUUAGUAACGGAACUGAUACUCUUGUUCAAAAUGAAUUUUUAUUGCAAACACCUUUAAGUGGAUUAUUCAACAAUGUAUGGAAUAUUUCAUCGUCAGCAAAAUCUUCGUCUAAUAGUUUUUUUAAUCAAGCCUUAAAAAAACUGCAAAGUAUGCCUCAACAAAUUAGAGAAUCAAUUGACAAAUUCAGUAAGGACGUUAGGAGUAUAUUCAACUCUUCGAAUUCAGCAAAAUCUAGUAAUUUUUUUAAUCAGUCCUUGAAAAAUCUACGAAAUAUGCCUCAACGAAUUCAAGAAUCGAUUGAUAAAUUUAGUAGUGACAUUAGAAGUAUAUUCAACUCUUCGAAUUCAGCAAAAUCUAGUAAUUUUUUUAAUCAGUCCUUGGAAAAUCUGAGAAAUAUACCUCAACGAAUUCAAGAAUCGAUUGACAAAUUUAUUAAAGAUGUUAGGAGUAUAUUCAAACCACAAAAUUCUAAAGACGUGAUAACGACGACAAAUAGGUCAACUAAUGGUCAACUUAAUAACGGAACUCACACUCCUGUUCAAAGAGAAUUUUUAUUGCAAACACCUUUAAGUGGAUUAUUCAACCAUGUAUGGAAUAUUUCAUCUUCAGCAAAAUCUUCGUCUAAUAGUUUUUUUAAUCAAGCCUUAAAACAUCUGCAAAGUAUGCCUCAACAAAUUAGAGAAUCGAUUGACAAAUUUAGUAAGGACGUUAGGAGUAUAUUCAACUCUUCAAAUUCAGCAAAAUCUAGUAAUUUUUUUAAUCAGUCCUUGGAAAAUCUGAGAAAUAUGCCUCAACGAAUUCAAGAAUCGAUUGACAAAUUUAUUAGAGAUGUCAGGCUUAUAUUCAUACCACAAAAUUCUAAAGACGUAAUAACGGCGACAAAUAGGUCAACUAAUGGUCAACUUAAUAACGGAACUCACACUCCUGUUCAAAGAGAAUUCUCAUUUCAAAAACCUUCAAAUGGAUUAUUAUUCAACAUUUGGAAUAUUUCAUCGUCAGCAAAAUCUUCGUCUAAUAAUUUUUUUAUUCAAGCUUUGGACAACCUAAGAAAUCUGCCUCACCAAAUUAGAGAACCGAUUGACAAAUUUAGCAAUAACGUUAGGAGUAUAUUCAACUCUUCGAAUUCAGCAAAAUCUAGUAAUUUUUUUAAUCAGGCCUUGGAAAAUCUGAGAAAUAUGCCUCAACGAAUUCAAGAAUCGAUUGAUAAAUUUAGUAGUGAUGUUAGGAAUAUAUUCAACUCUUCGAAUUCAGCAAAAUCUAGUAAUUUUUUUAAUGAGUCUUUGGGAAAUCUGAGAAAUAUGCCUCAACGAAUUCAAGAAUCGAUUGACAAAUUUAGCAAUAACGUUAGGAGUAUAUUCAACUUUUCGAAUUCAGCAAAAUCUACAUCUAGUAAUUUUGUUAUUCAGUCCUUGGAAAAUCUGCGAAAUUUGCCUCAACAAAUUAGAGAAUCAAUUGACCAGUUUAUUAGUGAAGUUAGAAACAUAUUCAUACCGCAAGGUUCUAAAAGAGUUAUAGCAAAGACAAAUGACCCAAUAAGUAAUCAACUUAAUAAUGAAAUCGAUACUUCUGUUCAAAGAGGAUUUUCAUUUUGGAAUCCUAGUAAUGGAGUUUUCAAGAAUAUAUUUAACCCUUCAACUUCAGCAGAAUCUUCAUUUAAUAAUGUUUUUAUUCAAUCCUUGGAAAAUCUGCGAAAUUUGCCUCAACAAAUUAGGGGAUCGAUUGACAAGUUUAUUAGUGAAGUAAGAAACAUAUUCAUAUCGCAAGAUUCUAAAAGAGUUAUAGCAAAGACAAAUGACCCAAUAAGUAAUCAACUCAAUAAUGUAAUGAAUACUUUCGCUGAUAAAGAAUCUGUAUUCCGAAAUCUUAAUGAAUUUUUCAAAACCAUAUAUCAAUUUUUAACGCCUAAAGAAUUUUCAUCUGGUGAUCUACUUACUCAAUCACUUGACAACCUGCGGAAUUUGCCACAGCAAAUAAGCAACUCAAUUGAUGACCUUAUCAAUAAUGUUGUAAGUAUAUUUACGUUAAACGAUCGUAAAAAACAUAGAGGAAUGAUGAACUACCCAAUUAGUAAUCGAAUUAAUAAUGCAAAUGUUAAUUUAAUUCACAAAGCAUCUACAUUUCAAAAUUUCUUUAAUGGAUUAUUUAAGAAAUCAUUACCAACUCAGCGAGUAUCUUCAACUCGAACAGAUCUACCAUAUUUAUUAGCUCUUUCUAAACAUAAAAGUUUUCCUAGGAAACGUAGAAAUUCUUAUAAGUGUUCGUCUGCCAAAAAAUGUUUGUAAAUUUUUAAGAAUUAAUUAUAGGACGUGGAGAAUAAGUUUAGUCUGCAUGGAUCUAAUACCACCCAUAUAACAAUCUUUUUCAAUUCUUGAGCAAGUCUGCUCUCAAGAUCGAUAGGUGCUAGUGUCUUUUUCUAAGUAUGUGUCUUGCUGCAGAUACUUAUGACCAGAUUUAAAUUGCAAGCCUUACACAAGAAAUUUGUGCCGGAUUAUAACUCGAUUCUGGAAGAAGACUAUAGUUGAAAAUAGUUGCGCAUGGCUUGCUCAAGGUCUACUCAAGGUUUAGAGUCGACCUUGAGCCUUGAGCAGAUCUUAAGCAAACCAUGUGUAAGUACCUACUGUAAGUUACUGGUGUAAGAAAUGCGUCAGACACUAUUUCAUUCCACGUGUUUCAGAUAUCUUUAAUAUUCUUGCGUAUGAUACCAUGAGCAAGACAUAUACAAAUCUUCGCAUAGGUUUCUUUAUAUACGAUCUUGUGAAAGACACAUACGUAAAAAAUGACACUAGCAGCUAAGGGUCUUGCUCAAGAUACUUACAGCAGAAUCUUGCUCAAACACGUGUUACUAGGGGCAAACGGUGUAUAAUAUGAUGUGAUAAAAAAUUAGAGAACAUUAUGAUGGGUGUUACUGCCUGAAAUUAUAAAGUAUAUAAUGUAUAAAAACUGUACGACUGGUUGGAUUAUUUAAUGCACAUUGAUAAUUAUUUUUUUUUUUAUAUUUAAAAAUAUGUUUUUGACUAAUGAUUAUUUUUUCAAGACUUGUUUUCUUAUAUUAUUUCGUAAGUUAAUGAUAACAAUAAUUCUAAUCUAACUCUAUUACAUAAGUGACGGAUGAAAGAAACAAAGAUAUUAUAAUUAGAUAAAUUAAAUUAAAAAUAUGUACUAUUAAAAUAACAAUGAAUUUGUCGUGAAUCAAU